CACGCCAAGACAGAGGAAGACCAGUAGCCUCAACUUCCCUGCCGCAGGCUGCCCGCCUCACCGCAACGCCCUCCAGGUCCAGCACUCCAGCAUUCUCUUCACUCUUCACUUCAUCAGAACAAUUUGAAAUCUGAGAGAAGGCAAAAAUGAGAUUACUGAAAGUGGCUACAUGCAAUCUUAACAAUUGGGCUAUGGAUUUUGAUUGCAAUAUGAAGAACAUACAGGUUUCCAUUUCUAAGGCUAAAGAGGCGGGAGCUAUGAUCAGGCUUGGCCCCGAGCUCGAAAUCACUGGCUAUGGCUGCGAGGAUCACUUCCUUGAACUUGACACCGUCUCUCACGCUAAACUUGCAGGUGGGAAUGCUUAAAAGAAUUGUUGCUAGGUGAUUGGACCGAUGACAUAUUGUGUAGUUUUGGAAUGCCAGUUAUCAAAGGAUCAGAGCGCNGAACUCCGAUGGUUUACAGCUUGGAAGCAGAGAUGUCUUGAGGAUUUUCAGCUCCCAAGUGAUGUUUCUGAAGCUUUGACUCAGACAGUAGUUCCAUUUGGCUAUGGCUAUAUUCAGUUUUCAGACACAGCUGUUGCAGCUGAAGUUUGUGAGGAACUUUUUGUACCUUCACCACCUCAUGGUGAACUUGCGUUGAAUGGAGUUGAAGUAUUUAUGAAUGCAAGUGGAAGCCAUCAUCAGCUAAGGAAGUUGGAUCUUCGCAUGCGUGCUUUCGUAAGUGCCACUCACACACGUGGAGGCGUUUACAUUUACAGCAAUCUACAAGGAUGUGAUGGUGGUCGACUUUAUUUUGAUGGAUGUUCUUGCGUGGUUGUGAAUGGAGACCUAGUAGCCCAAGGUUCACAGUUUUCUCUAAAGGAUGUUGAAAUGGUGUUUGCUGAAAUUGACCUUGAUGUGGUUGCUAGUCUUAGGACGUCUACUAGCAGUUUCCAAGAGCAAGCUAGUUGCAAACCAAAAGUUUCUGCAGUCAUUGUUCCUUACAAGCUUUGCAAGUCCUUCAAUCUCCAAAGGUCACUUUCAAGUCCUCUUAAGAUUAGGUAUCACUCUCCUGAGGAAGAAAUAUCACUUGGGCCUGCUUGCUGGUUAUGGGAUUAUUUAAGAAGAAGUGGUGCAUCUGGAUUCUUGCUUCCACUUUCAGGUGGUGCUGAUAGUUCAUCCGUUGCUGCUAUAGUUGGUUCAAUGUGCCAGCUCGUUGUUAAAGAAAUUGCAAAUGGGGAUGAACAAGUCAAAGCUGAUGCUAUGCGAAUUGGCCAUUACACUGAUGGACAGCUCCCAGUAGAUAGCAAAGAAUUUGCUAGACGUAUAUUUUAUACUGUUUUCAUGGGGUCUGAAAAUAGUUCUGAAGCCACCAAAUAUCGGGCAAAGCUUCUGGCAGAUGAAGUUGGAUCAUGGCAUCUAAAUAUUAACAUUGAUGGGGUAGUUUCAUCUAUGAUCUCUUUGUUUCAAACACUUACGGGGAAGCGCCCACGCUAUAAGGUAGACGGUGGAUCAAACAUUGAGAACUUGGGGCUACAAAAUAUUCAAGCUCGAGUUAGAAUGGUCCUAGCAUUCAUGCUAGCAUCACUUUUGCCAUGGGUUCACAAUAAACCCGGUUUUUAUUUGGUAUUGGGUAGCUCCAAUGUUGAUGAAGCAUUGCGCGGGUAUCUAACAAAGUAUGAUUGUAGUUCAGCUGAUAUAAACCCAAUUGGAAGUAUCAGCAAGACGGAUCUCCGAACGUUUCUGAGAUGGGCAGCCACUCAUCUUGGUUACUCAUCCUUGGCAGAAAUUGAAGCAGCUCCUCCCACUGCCGAAUUGGAGCCUAUACGGUCUAACUAUAGUCAGCUGGAUGAAGUGGACAUGGGAAUGACAUAUGAUGAACUCUCAGUCUAUGGAAGAAUGCGUAAGAUCUUCCGAUGUGGGCCUGUAUCGAUGUUUAAGAACCUUUGCUACAAAUGGGGUACAGUAUUGACUCCAAAGGAGGUGGGUGACAAAGUAAAGCACUUCUUCAAGUACUAUUCCAUUAAUAGACACAAAAUGACUGUCUUAACACCUUCAUAUCAUGCGGAGAGUUACUCACCGGAGGACAACAGAUUUGAUCUUCGACAAUUCUUGUAUAAUGUGAAAUGGCCUUACCAGUUCCGGAAAAUUGAUGAACUUGUAGAUGAGCUUAACGGUGACCAUGUUGCUAUUACAAAAUCAACAUGCCAGGAAACGGACACGGUUGAUGGUGAUGGUGGUGGUAUGGGUGUUGUGGCAGCAGGUGCAGGCAACCCUAAGGCUGGGCUUUAAGUUUCUCAUCAAAUUGCUUUAAACCUCUUGCCAUAAAAACUCGGUUUUUACACUCUGGAUGAUGCCACGCUUCCCCCAUCCAAUGGCCCAAGGUGGAGGUGGUGAAUCGCCAAUAGGGAUGAAAAUCAAUUCUGAGUUCCUAGCCGUUGCACAUUGGUUCAGGGGAUGCCCUCAUUAUCGUUAUCAACGUUAUUCAUUAUCAUAAUUAUUUAUAGCAUUUUUACUUGUUUUUUGCUUGCAUAGUUGCGUCUGUUGAAAUCACUUGUCAAAUAAAUAAUUCUUUUUCUUGAAUAUACCUGUGGCAAAUGGUGAAGCUAUAGGUAAGUGUAAGAUAUUGUAAUGGCAACUAAUAGGAACCAAGCUGUGAUAAAAACUUCAGCACUACAAUAAUCCAAGUGAAAGAAACAAUCUUCUGAGAA